AUGGGCAAAAAGAAGUCUGCGUCGUGGUGCGACGACAGCGUGGCACGUCUCUUCUUUCUUCGCUAUAAAACCGAACUCGCCAAUCGAUUCGACUCCAAGAACAACAACCAGAAGAAGGAGGCGUACGAAAUGAGCUCAGCAUUGCUGUCGAUCGGGUUUAUUCUGCCAAGCAGUCCCAGCAAUAGCACCAACAACGCCAGGGAGCCCACGUUUCUCUCGGAAUUGACGCUCAAUUACACUCCAGGCACCCAAGACGUCGUCAUCGACGACACCAUCAAGAACAUCUUCGCGGGCAGGUCUUCGACACCCCCCACGAAACAAUCGUUUCUCGUGACGACGGCACCAGCUUGA